CCUAGCGUGGGGUUAAGCGGCUUCUCCCGCCGAGGAGGGAGAGUCGAGAACGGGGGGCUGGGGUGUGACACCUGCCUGGGGCUCCAGAGAGCUGCCUCCCCCAGAGACCAGCCGGAGAAUGUGAGGGAACAUGAAGUCCAGUCCUGCCAUCCAGGCCGCUAUCGACCUGACAGCGGGCGCGGUAGGGGGCACGGCCUGUGUCCUGACCGGGCAGCCUUUCGACACAGUGAAAGUGAAGAUGCAGACGUUCCCCGGCCUGUACAAGGGUCUCGCCGACUGCUGCCUGAAAACGUACUCCCAGGUGGGCCUGCGGGGCUUCUACAAGGGAACGGGCCCUGCGCUGAUGGCCUACGUCGCCGAGAACUCUGUCCUCUUCAUGUGCUACGGCUUCUGCCAAGAGUUCGUGAGGAAAGUGGUUGGACUGGACAGGCAGGCGAAGCUGAGUGAUCUGCAGACGGCCACUGCGGGGUCCUUUGCCUCCGCCUUUGCUGCGCUGGCCCUGUGCCCCACUGAGCUUGUAAAGUGCCGACUACAGACCAUGUACGAAAUGGAGAGGUCGGGCAAAAUAGUAAAAAGCCACAAUACAAUCUGGUCCGUCGUGAAAGGUAUCCUCAGAGAGGAAGGCCCGUUGGGCUUCUACCAAGGACUCUCCAGCACUCUCCUUCAAGAAGUUCCAGGCUAUUUCUUCUUCUUCGGGGGCUAUGAACUGAGUAGAUCAUUUUUUGCCUCAGGCAGAUCAAAAGAUGAACUGGGCCCUGUCCCCUUGAUGUUAAGUGGUGGAAUUGCUGGAAUCUGUCUUUGGCUUGUCAUCUACCCAGUGGAUUGUAUCAAAUCCAGAAUUCAAGUUCUUUCCAUGUCUGGAAAACAGGCUGGGUUUCUGGGAACUCUUGUAAGUAUUGUGAAAAAUGAAGGAAUAGCAGCAUUAUAUUCUGGACUGACCGCUACUAUGAUUCGAGCGCUCCCUGCCAAUGGGUCACUAUUUCUGGCUUAUGAAUAUAGCAGGAGAAUGAUGAUGAGCCAGUUUGAAGCAUACUGAAGGGUCCCGGUGAACUGGAUCCACGCAAAUGCCUUAGAGGACUAGUUUAUCUCAGGUUUCAUGGAGCCCUGGACCACUGUGGAAUUAUUUUUUACCUCAUGGGAAUUUUUUGUCUUCCCUUCUUCUAAACUUUACAGAAGAACUAUUUUACAUCCUAUGAUUUCCACCCAUAAUUGUAUUAAAUAGAAAGAUGGCUGCUCUUGUGUUUGGUGAGAUAGACAUAGUGAGCAGGUGGCCUAUGACCCUGAUCUGAAAUGAAAAAUAUAGUUCCAUCAUGGCUCUUGUAUAAACCUGUACAGGUACAUGCAGUUUAGUCUGUUAUCUGUUGUGAGUAAAACAGUUUGGUUUCAUGUUUAAUCCAUAUC